GCUAUCCGUAGAGUGGAUCUCCAAGAUGAUAUCUAUUGGCGUGUUAUCAUGAGGCUGAUGCUCUUUGGUAAAUGAUUUCUACACACAUUUACUGAUGUACUAGCUGUAGAGAGCUAUGUUUUUAUUUUUUUCUGUGUUAUUGAUCAUAUUGCAAUUGCUUAAAUGUGUUUUACAGCUACACUGACUCAUAAAAAUGAUACAGGCACCACACAGAAGUUAAGAAACUAACGAUUGAAAGAAGGUAAGGUAAAUUUGACGUCGUGCAAUAUUCUGUCUUGGCAAUCGGUUCUUUUGAUUGGUCUGCUCGGUUCUUGCUUAUUGGUCUGACAAGUUGGUGGUUGUUGAGAAUUGGACUCUUGUCGUCUUCGUUCUUUUGUGUUUGCGCUUCUUUGAGUGUUGAGGGUGGAGUGAAAUUACCCUAUGUUAGUUCAUCUUCAUUAGCUGUACAACGUUGGUUGGAUUUUCUUGGGAUGGUGCUGGUAGGUGUGAGCUAGCAUCCCAGGGACCUACUACCAAUUCCGUUCCCUUAAUCAAGAGAGCACACACCUAUCCUGCUUUUUCUGAAAGGGAUGAACCCUGUGGGCAAAAGUACAGCUUAUUCAUCAAUAACAUAGAUAGUUUUUCUGUAUGAGUUCGUUGGCCUAUUACUUGCUUUUGCAGUUGCUUUGAGAGACUAUACGAGCGCUCCUUUGUUGUUUCGUCUUUACUCGCGCCUCGCUUGAAAUGUAACGACGUCUGUUCUUGCAAUCGGUGCCCCUCCCUUACCGUCCCCACUAACCCCACUUCCAAAUGAUAGGAGUUUUAAGUUCUCUUUCUUGUUCUGAAGCUGGACAAAUUUUAGCAUUAGGUCUAUCAUUUCCAUAAGUAUAAGAACUACAUAUAAAGUGCAUGUACAAGGUGAAGGUCUUCGAUUAUGAACAUCUAUGUCUACUUCAUCUUUCAUAACUUGAUGUUUUUUUAUAUACCUUUUGCUCACUUCCACCGUCCCAUUUCUCACCCACCUCACAGCUUCGCUUUUUUUCCACUUUUAUCGAGAAAAGAAAUCUAGACUUCGUUUUGAAAUUUUUACAGACUUGCAAUCACGCUGCAUUUUUUUUUGCUGCAAUCAAUCUUCGGAUUUUUGAGACAAGAAGAGCAAGAAGUGGAGGCUCCAUCUAUCAUUAUCUAUCGCCUAAAGAUCAAGAUAAUUUCAAUUUGUUGCACUCAUUAAUUUUCCAUGUUUUGUUCAAUUUAAGAUAACGAUUUUUUAGGUCACUAAGAACUACACUAGUGAGCUAGAGGACAAGAAACCACGAGUAUCCAACCCCUUAGCCAAGUGGAAGACAAGAAAAAACGAGUCUUCAAGAUUUUCUUUGUGAAAUUUUACAAGUAGAAUCAAUGAAGGGAGUCUACAAAGAACUAGGUUCAAAUGUAGAGCAGUAAAGUCAGUCUCAAACCAAGCAUCCAGCCUCAGCUUAAUAGAAUCAGAUCGUGUCGUUUACUGUGACAAUUCCACAAUCUCAGCAAUACAAAAAGCCAGGAGAGAAAGGUUGAAUUUUUUGAUUUUUUUACUUUUGUCUUGGAUCAUAAAAGAACAAAUAAAUAAAUAAUUAUCUUGUCAUCGAUUUUUGAUUUUGAACUCGAACUGAGUACUUGAAGGAUUCCUUAGGAUUAUUUAUUCGCAGAACUACUAGUACUAUCUUCACGGCGUUCAUCUACACGAGACUGACAAAUUGGUCUGUUGUUUUCGAAAGAUUUCUUUCUUAUUAAUUUGCAGGAGAAGGCCAAGGCCCACCCCCACGACAGCAAAAGCAGCAUUUUUUGUCAUAGAUCGAAAGUCAAACGAUCUCCAAUCAUAUAUCCAUCUCCUUACAGUAUUAAUAGAUAUAGAUAAUUCAUUAUCAUUGCCCAUCCGACCUCGAGGGAGUAACUUUAGAUUUACAAGAUUAGACCAGAUAUCAACUUCGGAUUUCUAGUACGAAAAAGAACGCUUCACGAACUAUUUUCACUUCCACCUCAACUUGAACAAGCUGAGCUCGAAUAAGAUCACUUUUACAGCCAACAUAUCCAGUAGAACUACACUAAAGUACAUCUUGUUCUACUCCAAGAAUGUAUAUUGUCAACAAUAAUAUAUAAGAACAAUAACAUCCAUUUUUGUCUACGACAUUUCUAGGAAAUCAGCAACGUCGUCAAUCAAGUUACACCGAAGAAUAUCUCGAAAAUGAGGGCUCCUCUAUUUCUCCGUACAACUGUGGUAGGACAACUCUCGUCCUAUCUACUACUACCACUACUAUUACUACUUUGUACGACCAAGGCUCAUCUUGUGGAGGGAACAAUCAUCAAGGGCUGGUACCAAGAACGCGAUGACCAUCGUGCCGCAGCUGCAGGGUUUCUGCUUGGGAAUGGAUCUGCUCUCACUGUUUCUGGAGGAACAAGUGGAACGUCAGGGGGCGAAGGCGGUCACCUGCGCCCUCUACCUGCAGAACAACAGGCUGACCUUGAAGAAAACAAAGGUCGCUUAAUUCUCCUUCAAAAGCAAGCUCGUGACCGCAAGGUUAGAGAGAUCUUGAGGUUUCUUGCGGACCCUGAUACUGUAGCCAAGAUCGCCGAGUUGAAAUUCUUGGAGUACGUUAGUACGGAGCUACUCGUGGGGCGUGAGAACGAGGACAAUGAUUCUAGUACUAGGAAGGAUACGAAGAAGCCACAGCCUGCCGACGUCAGGUCUAUUGCUGCUUUUUUCCAGCAAUUUCUGGAAGGUGUGACAGCAGUGGAGGGGACUCUCGCUGGCUUUAGGCCCUUCGGAGUUCUUGAUGAAAUAAAGGGUGAGCGAGGUGAUUGCUCAUAUCCUACGACCACGCAGGAGCUGUCUUUAGAGUUACAAUAUGAGAAGAUGCGAGAGCACUACGCGCGCGUGAUUGAGACGUAUCUCACUGAGAGCAAAGUGCUGAACAAUGAGAGCGAUCGCGAUGGCAACAAUUUGAUUGGAAAAGGCAAUGGAGGCGGCUCAUCCGCAGCUGAGCGUAGUCCUCCUUCUCCUCAAGAAGCCGAGUCCAGACUAGAUUUUGCAAAAAGGUUUCGAAAGGUGGCCCAGCGUGCAGUAGUUUCGAAGGAAAAAGUCAAAGACAUCGAAAAAGCAGCAAACGAUUAUUGGAAAGCCCGUAAAAACUACCUUGGAUUGUUAAAAGAGAAGGAGAAAGACCAGCAGCAGAGAAAAGAAGAAGAAGAAGGUAGCACUAGCAAGAAAGAAGAUGGUCUUCCUUCCAUCACGAUCACCAGCGACAGCGAGAUGAAACAAGAAGAGGAUCUUCCUUCUGUUACUAGCGAGAAGAUGAAACACGACGAAGAGGAUCUUCCUUCUGUUACUGGCGAGAAGAUGAAACACGAUGAAGAGGAUCCUACUCGUGUCACUAGCGAGAUGAAGCAAGAAGAGGAUCUUCCUUCUGUUACUAGCGAGAAGAUGAAGCAAGAUGGUGAGGAUCCCAGUCCUGACACUAGCGAGAAGAAAGAAGAGCAAGACAACAACGAUGGUCAACGAGUAUUUCACUUACCUUGGGGUGUGCGGGUCAAAGAUGAAGACGCCGAAGGAGGAGCAGCACACUCCGCUUCAUCGGGUGACGUUCAAGCAAUGCUGGAGGAGACGGAAGAUCUAGCCAAACAAGUGAAGCGACUGCAAGGCGAACAAAAAGAACAAGAUCAGCAGGACUCUGCUGAACUACUAGACCCUGGUGUCAAAAACGCUGAAGCAGAGGUUAAAGAAGCCGCAGACAGAUUGCGUAGUGUACUCGGUUCGAGCUUUGGCCUCAAUGAGAUUCUCAUCGGCCCCAAAGACCAUGACGUCAGACACGGAAACCAAUUCGACAUGUUGCUUGCCAGCUUUAUCCGCGAAGAAGCAGAAGAAAAGCAGCAUCGUUCCGAAGUAGAAGACGUACUCGGUGUGGGAGGAAAUCCGAAACAUUUUGUCCGCUUAGGCACGGAAGAGAAAAUUACCGGAAUCCCUCUAGGUACGAAGCUUUCCACGAGUAGACACCCAGCCUACAGCUUUUACAAGAAAGGCGAUGAAAUAAAUGAAACUACUGGUGGUGCAGAUGCGGCUCGUUCGAGUAAAAGCACAGCCUCCUGCUCUUCCGCUUCGUCGAAACGAUCGCUCUCAGCGCUAUUCGUGCAUGCUUGCCGCGCUGCCUUGAAACAUGAUCCAGACGGAAACCCAUCUCCUGCUUGCCGCGAUGUCUUGAAACAUGAUCCAGACGGAAACCCAUCUCCUGCUUGCCGCGCUGCCUUGAUGAGCGAAGAUGCUGGUCAAGAAGUAGUUCCUCGUAUUGCGAGGUUCCAAGGAAGUCUUGAAAUAGGAAGCAAAAUACGACGAACAACGUCCUCCACAGGAGAAGAUACUUCACUUCCUACUGUUGCACCAUCGUCGAGGACUCCUCAGGAUGAACAUGCGGACGACGUCGACGAUCUCCAAGAACUAGCUCCUCCAUUACAAGAACAGAAAAUGGCAGACGAGAACGAAUGUACAGGAGAACAGAACGAAAACGAAUAUCCAGGAGAUUCAGGUAGUUGGCGCCUUAUUUCUUCCUUGCGGGACGGCCCCGCUAUUCCACCACCCCCACUCUACAUAGUGGCGGACACGGUAAAGAAAGACCCUGUCUAUUUCGCUUUCCUUGCUGUCGCCCACAAAGCUCUGAAAGAAGCGAAGCUACUACGUGGACCGUUUACUUCUAACGCCUAUACUCCUAGAAAUCGUGCCACGCCUGCGAACAAGACUUGGACUGCAGCAGCAACCUCCAUGGCCGAGCUUCUAUUAUCUGCCUUCAGGGGGAGUUCGAGUUGGAGUACUACUACUAGUAGUACCACUACCAGCAUCAUGCCCGCCGAGAGUCAUACUAGGAUGACAACUACUGGCGCUAGUACUACAACCUCCAUGACCGAGAGUGAUGCCAUUCGGAGCUCCUUUGUCGUUGCCGUGGUUAUUCGAAAGUUGCUCAAUAUGCAAGUUUUGUCCACGGUCCUGGAUGUAGCGCCUAUCUUUUUAUCCAAAAUACUUGAAGAGGCAGAAAAAAGACUCGUUGCUGGUGCUGGAGGAAGUAGACAAGGAGACGAUGGCACGCAGACGAGGAGAGACGGUCUUCAGACUCAUAAUCUCUUCCUUAAGAGCAGCACCUUCACUCGCGCUACAACGAUGUCUCACUUUUUGUACGAGUUGCCGGAAGGGGUGAGAAAGGAGGCCGUCAAAAGGGAGAUCGGAGAGCACGGCGCAGUGGUUGAUCGCAGUCCAGAAGGAUAUUUGAAGAGAGAAGAUGAAGAUUUUACGACGAAUUUCUGGCGAAUCAGCGCGAUUCAGGAAGAAAUGAGAGAUAUACUUCGUAGAAGUACUAGACGUCUCGGUCUCCAAGGACAAGAAGAGCAUCCUCAUCGUCCAGCAGAGGACUUUGGAGGUCCUCUCGAACAUAUUGACAUGAAAAGAGCCGCGAUCGAUAUCGAUAUCGAUCGGCCGUACCUUCUUGGUCGUCAUUUCGCGAUAG